AAAAACGGAAACGAUGAAUGUGGACCCUCCUCUCGAAAAUAUUUUCGAGAAUCAAAACACCCAAAUUUGGAAAGGGCUUUGCUUGUUUGGUUUCGAAAGAUGAGAAGCUUAAACAUUCCAAUUGAUGGAAAUGUACUUAAAGAACAAGCACACUUUUUUGCUUCCAAAUUAAACAUCAAAGAUUUUAAAGCAUCGGAUGGUUGGUUACAGAAAUUUAAAUUUCGGAAUGGUUUGAGUUUCCGGAAAGAUGACGUUUUUUUAAUGCGGCGGACGAAACGGCUUUGUUUUUUUAAGAUUUUGCCAGAAAGAACAUUAGCUUACAAAGGAGAUAAAUGUGUUGGAGGUAAUAAAGCUAAAGAGAGACUUACAGUUUUGAUUGCAGCCAACAUGACUGGGUCACAAAAAUUGCCUCUGCUCUUUAUUGGAAAAUAUCUGAAACCAAGGUGUUUCAAAAAUGUUCAGAAGAUUCCUGCUGCAUAUUAUGCUAAUAAUAAGGCCUGGAUGACUGGCAACAUCUACGAAAAAUGGUUGAGAGAUUUAGAUAACCGUUUUUCAGCAGAGAAGCGCAAAGUUCUCCUAAUCGUGGACAAUUGUACUGCACACAUGGAAGUCACUGGGCUUCAGGCAAUCCGUGUGGAAUAUCUCCCACCAAAUGCAACUGCAGUUUUACAGCCAAUGGAUCAGGGGAUAAUCAAUAGUUUCAAGCGAAAAUAUAAGACAGUGCUCUUGCAAAGAGUAAUCCUUGGCUUGGAAAGGGAACAACCUUAUCAGAUUGAUAUUCUUGGUGCAAUGCAUUUAUCAAUCAGUGCAUGGAAUGAUGUUUUAGAUGAAACAAUUUCUAAAGCCUUUCGACAUGCAGGUUUUAUUAAAGAAACAGACGUAACUGAAGAAAUCCAUGACAAUAGAUCUCACGACGAAGAUGAGGUUCUCAUGCAUGAACUUCGCCGUAGAAAUCCACAGUUGCCAGAACUUUCAUUCGAGGAUUUUUUAAAUGUGGAUUCUAAUGUCAUCUGCACGGAGGAAAUAUCGGAUCACGAUAUUAUUAGCAGCAUAAUCAACGAGAAUGAGAGACUUUCAGAUCCAGAAGAAGAAGAAGAAAAUGAAGUAACACCAAGACCGACUUUAAAACAAGCUGCUGAAUACUUGUCAGAACUUAGACGAUUUUUUGAGGCCAGUGAUAAUUGUGAAAUGCUAACAAAUAUAGAGAAGAUGGAGUCUUGCAUUGUACAAUCUGUUGUUUUAAAACAGACAAAGAUAAGUGAUUAUUUUGUUGCUCAAUGACUUAAUAAAGGUACGUUUUACAAAUAUUUUAUAUUUCUUGUUUGUUUAAUAGAAUGGAUAUCAUUUAUUAAGUAGUAAUACUAUUAAAAAUAAUUCCUAAUACAUAAAUAAAAGCAUGGAAUAGUAUCACUAACCUGUCUCGAAAACAUUAAAAUGUGAAAUACUAACAAUUUCCGAUGCCUUUCUAAAUUACGAACUCUCGAUUUAACGAACUG